GUCGCAUUGCUGCCUUUCAUUCGAAAUCACCGUCAAGCCUGCUACUAUAGUUCGAGUCACAGGUCAGCCGGUGGAGUCAUCAAUAAAAUCACCAUCUGCACAAGUCUUGCUCGCUCAGCAGACAGCGUUUGGUUACUCAGCAUCGUACUUAUAAUCUUGAGGAUCUGUAGUCACUCAAGCUCUCACAAACUCAUCCUCGCCAAUACCCAUCUUGAGCUGAAAGUCUACAUCCAUGUCAUCCAAACGCCCCCAGGAUAGCAAUGUGGAGGAGGAGGCCGAACAGGACGAGUUUCUGCAGGAAGACGAUGUAUUAGCAGAAGUCCCCGACGACGAGGAUCGUCCUAUGGACGAAGGCGAAGGAGAUGACUUUGAGGGCCAAGAAGACGGCGGUGCACCAGAGGACGACGAUAUUGUCUGGGAAGACAACUCGAUACAGCAUUUCCCAGAUCACCGCAAGUCUGUUUUCGCCAUUUCGACUCAUCCCACCCAGCCGCUGGCCAUAUCCGGGGCCGAAGAUGAUCUUGGAUAUAUCUGGGAUAUGACGAGUGGGGAGGAGGUGGUCAAACUGACCGGACAUACGGAUAGCGUGGCUUGCGCAGCGUUCAGUUCAGACGGGGAGAUGGCAUCCACGGGUGGUAUGGACGGCAAAGUCAGGGUAUGGAGAAGGGUGGGACGUGAGAACUACAAGACUUGGGAGUUCUUGACAGAGCUGCAAGGACCCGACGAAGUCAUGUGGUUAAGAUGGCACCCCAAAGGCAGCGUUCUGCUCGCGGGCUCGAAUGACAGCACGGUGUGGCUCUGGCAAUUGCCGUCUGGCAACAUCAUGCAAGUUUUUGCGGGACACACUGGGCCCGUGCAAUGUGGCGAGUUCACCCCGGAUGGCAAGCGCAUCGUUACCGCAUGCUCAGACAACACUCUCAUCUACUGGGAUCCCCGGUCGCCUACCCCGAUUUUCAAAUUGUCUCCCGGUGAUGCUCGCUUCAACCUCGACGGGAUCACAACGCUCGCCAUCAACCCUGCAUCCACCCUCGCUGUUGUCGGCGGUGCAGCCGGAAGCGUCCGUGUUGUAUCUCUAAGCAAGGGCGAGGUGAUAACCGCUUUGGGUGGUCAUGCCGACGGCGAAAGCGUAGAGGCCGCGGUAUUCGUGAAUAUCCUAGCUGCUGUAGGAGGAUCAAACGCCUCUGCGGGUGCUGCAGGUAGUGGAGCGGUCAUAACGGGCGGAACAGACGGAAAGGCGUGUAUAUGGGAUUUAAACACGAUGCGGCUGAGGGCUACGCUCGAACAUGAGGAUGCCAUCACAACGCUGUUGGUCCACCCGACGAAACCUUACCUUGUUGUUUCUGCGUCCGCAGACAAGACGCUCAAGACGUGGGACGCGCGGACGGGCACGCUCGUUCGUGAACAUAAAGGACACCAAGGGCCUGUAUUGGCCGCUGCAUUAGGCAUGGAUGGUCAAGUGGUCGUCUCUGCUGGCGACGAUGGUGUGUGUUUGGUGUUCGGAACGGAGUGACCUCCGUCAUUUGAGAUGAAAAAAAAUGUACGUUGGUAUAUGGGCGCGUUUCCUGUUGUGAUUGUACCUUAGAGUCCUGAGCUGAUUAGCUGCUCGAAGCCCAUGCAUGUACUCCGAGUUCAGUGCUCCAGUCUUUGAGCAUUUAAAUUUUGGGUGAGCCUCAUUGGUUUUGACUAGCUCGACGUGUUACGUAGAAGGCAUCCGUGGACGUGCUAGAGGAUCAUAUUUUCGGUUCCAACCUAUCACAGUCCUAUCACACACUAUGCCGGUCAGUCCCGAUGGGCCCGACAGAGUGGUAUCCCCUCUC